AUGGGUGGUUUCCGGCGGUGGUUCACCGACUUGGGCGGUGGCUACACAGGAAGAGGGUGGCGUGGGCGGCGGAGGAGCUUAUACGAUAAUGGGUGGUUUCCGGCGGUGGUUCACCGACUUGGGCGGUGGCUACACAGGAAGAGGGUGGCGUGGGCGGCGGAGGAGGAAGUUUCUUUUUAUCCAAACAGUUCAUUGGACAAGGGUAUUGAGCUGCCUUCAAUCCAAUCACCAAUACCAAAACCAUCACCAACUUCGUCUGCAAACACUGGGAGUGGCUAUAUAGUAGAUGCAACAUCAAGUGAUGCUGAUGAGUAUGAAAUUGCACCAGAAUUUCCACUAGGAAAUAGUGGUUUGUUGGAAGACCUGGCGAAGGAAUCUCAAGCUUUGACUCAGGUUGAAAAAUCAAGGAAAAAAAAAUUUCCGCCAGACAUGAAGCUAAAGUGA